AUGGCUUACUUACUCAAGCUGCACAAAGAGAACAGCCAGCUGCCAUUUGUUGAACAGGAAUCUCGACGGAGGCUCCUGUGGUGCAUGUUUGCAUUGGAUCGACUCCAUGCUGGUGGUGUUCCGGAAUACAUCCUUCUGCCCGCGACCUCAGUACAUGUACAACUUCCGUGCCCAGAACACUUUUUUCAAAUCGACACUCCUGUCGCGACACCACACAUCCAUGAAACCCAAGCGGACAACUCCAAGCUUACACCCGCGGCGUUUUUGCUGCGUAUCUUCAACGCCCGCAACCAUGUACUCCAGUAUACGAAACAACUCCUGGACGCUUCGCUUAGCCCGGAGACUUCUCUAGCACAGUUCCAAAUGCUUGAAGGAGAGCUUAGGGAGAUACACGAGUCUUUGCCCGCAGAGCUUGUGUUCAGCACACGUGCCUAUCAACUUCGGACGUUCUCUCCCGAGCGCACGACUUUUACUAUUUUACAUCUUUACUUCCACCACUGUCAUUGCGAACUUUAUCGGUUGCUCAAUCCAGGAUACCGCGAGGCUCUUCCGCAAUCGGUCAUCUACUCCAGUUCACCCGAACUCGUUGCAUACGCGCAGUCGAAAUGCCUCGAGCACGCAAUCUCCAUAGGCGAGAUCGUUGCAUCAACCUACGGUCUGGUGGAGAUCAGUCCUUAUGUCAGCGAUACAUCUUGCUUCGUUAUCUUGUAUCAGGCCUCAUGUGCUAUACUCUACGCAUGCCACCGUGACAGUCCUGCUUAUGUCAUGAAAGCCGAAACCGCACGGCGAUACCUAGUCGCAUUCAUCGCGACGUUGCAAAGUCUACUCUCUUACUUCCCAAGGUAUGCUAUAUACGUCAAGGACAUCCGUAAUAUGCUUCGUAGCAUUGACGAGCCGAAUGCACCGCUCCCAGCUCAGAAGGCGUCAAAUGAGGUGGACUUCCGCGCACGUAUAGUACCUAGCGAAGAGAAUUCGGAUGAGGACAAUUUGGUCAGCGAGAUUGCGGGCUAUACUUCUAAUGUCAGAGACAAUACAGCGCAUUCUACGUCUCAGACCGCUGAGGUGCCCGUUGGACCACUAUCAGAACUCGGGGAAAUGUCGCUUCAUACACCAUCCACCCUGGAAGGACAGGAUCAUUUGUUCGCUGAUUUGGAGACAUCUCAGUACAACAUGGAGCUUACAAUGGAUCUUGAUCAGGGCUUGCUGUGGGAUUGGGCAGAUGCUUUGGGAUCAGGCUUCAGCAUAUGA